UACAUGGUUAAUUGUAAAGGGUGGGUUUAGCUAGGGUUUAUGACAAGAAAUAGCAAUAGAGAGAUAGAUGUUGAAGAGAGUGAUUAGUAAAUGGAGGUCAAGGUCAAGAUCAAAUUUUCGGCGUCAAUUAUCGACGGUUGUGCGGCAGACAUGUACAAGUACAGACGAUGAGGGCUCUUGGAACUAUUCUUCUGAAUGGUGGGACGAUGAUUUUAAAGGACAAGCUGUGUUUCAGUCAUUCUCUGACAAGGGAAAUGGUCUUGUUUCUGUUUUGUCUUACCCUUCUUCAACCCCAAACAGGGCUUACUGGCCCGAAAAAGAGAAGUGGCUUCAAGAAAGGUACGCAGAGAUACAUCCAGGCAGCCAACAAGAUGAAAAAUUCAUGAUUCUUGGAUAUCAGUGGCGCGUUCUCCGAUUUAAUACAGAAACUCGCCAAAGCACAGUUAAAAUAAUGGCUGCUUGUAGGGAAUCUGAUGCUGGAUCUGUAUACUUAAUGCAGCAGGCACGUUGUCUAGCUGUUCCAUAUGUGAAGAGUAUGUUAUCUUCGGGGCUUGCUUCCAUCAAGUCAUGUGAUUAUGAUCUCAAGAGUGCUAUACUCGGCAAGAAAACUAUGAAUAUUUUGUGCAUUGGUCAUGGUGGAGGCACCCUACCAUUAUUUUUGGCAGAUAAGAUUCAAGGUGCUAUUGUUGACAUAGUCGAACUUGACCCUGUGGUCAUAUCAGCUUCAACUAAAGCAAUGGCAUUUCCUUCAUAUUCAAUUAUGAACCCAUCUGGUGAGCGUGCAAAUCUGACACCAGAUCCUAAAGAUGAAGUGAUGUGGAAGGGCAUUCAUGAAAGGCUACAACUGUAUGAGUCAGAUGCUGAAGAUUUUGUUGUGAACAGCACAAAACUAUAUGACAUGGUCUUUGUAGAUGCCUAUGAUGGACAAGAUAUCUUCCCACACAAGCUUUGGGACCCACAAUCUCCGUUUCUCAAUGCUUUAAGUGACCGGCUUCAUCCUGAGCAUGGGACAGUAGUAGUGAACCUUCAUGCUGAUACUGACCUGUUUGACGACGAUGACACUUUACCUAGUCAGCUGGUUUUACCAAUGGGAAAAUAUGUCAAAAGUGUGUGUGAAGCAUACAAGAAUGUGAUAGUAGGAAACAGUAAUGGUGGUCUGGCUUUCAACGUAUUGGUGCCUUGGGUUUGUAAUUCAUCUCUCGUUAUCUCAAGAGGUUUUAGGAAGAGGAGUGGAGUCUUGCAUAGGGAUACGGUUCUAGACAUUCUUGUAUCCAACUUGUUUGAAGUUGAGGACAUUCUUAACUUGCCAUUCUCAUGUUUGGAGUACUUAAAAAGGGGUAUUUAUCUUGUCAAUUAGUGUGUGGAGUUGUGCAGGUUAUAUUAUACACGAGCAGAUCAACUAGUUUUAAGCGCUUGCUGCUUGCUCCUUGGGCGUUGGGUUGUUUGGUAUGUUAUUCCUUGAUUUGUUAAGGUUGAUAUUCUGCAAUGUAAAAUUUGUAAAUUGUUCGAACCUUUUAAACAAACUAACCACAACACCUGCUAUUAAUAACGGAGGUUUUGGCCUUUAUGUAAGCCUUAGUUUAAAUAUGUUGUAACCCGUAAAACAUCAUAUAUUGUAAUGCAAGCUACUAGACAUGAUUU